ACUGCAGUAAAAAGCAAUAAUGUUAAUGCUGAUCAGAUCAUCGGUGAUUCCCGUCUUCCCCAACCUCACUCGCACUAUCACUCUCUGCAACUCCACUCGUUCUCUCUCUGUAGCUUCUUACUCGAUCAUGGCCACCGCCGCCGUCGACUUUGUCAAAGCCAACGUCACGCCUAACGGUGUUGCUGUCAUCACUCUCGAUCGCCCUAAAGCUCUCAACGCCAUGAAUCUAGAUAUGGAUAUAAGGUACAAAAGUUUGCUUGAUGAAUGGGAAACGGAUCCAAAGGUGAAAUGUGUUCUGGUUGAGGGUAGCUCGCCACGUGCUUUUUCAGCAGGAAUGGAUAUUAAGGGGGUUGUUGCUGAAAUCCAAAAGGACAAAAACACACCUCUUGUGCAAAAGGUGUUCGCUGCUGAAUAUUCUCUUAUUUGUAAAAUAUCUGAGUACAAAAAGCCAUACAUAAGCUUCAUGGAUGGUGUAACAAUGGGAUUUGGUAUUGGCCUAUCUGGACAUGGUAGCUACAGAGUUGUAACUGAGAAAACUCUUCUUGCUAUGCCAGAAAAUGGAAUUGGUUUGUUCCCGGAUGUUGGGUUUGCUUACAUAGCAGCAAAAAGUCCAGGGGAAGGAUCAGUUGGUACUUAUCUUGGAAUCACGGGAAACAGGAUUUCUACUCCAGCCGACGCACUUUAUGUAGGUUUUGGAACACACUUUGUUCCAUCUGGAACUCUGGGCUCACUUAAGGAAAAUCUCUUGUCAGCUACCUUUUCUGAGGAUCCACAUCAUGAUCUACAAGCAAUAUUGGCAAAGUACAGUAGCAACCCCGAGUCAGAGUCUCGGUUGAAGUUCCUCUUGCCUCAAAUAGUCUCAACAUUUGGUGCAGACAAAUCAAUUAAAGAAAUAAUGGAAGAGCUGGAAAAGCAUCGACAAGGUGCUGAUGCAACAGUUGCAGAGUGGGCAACUGAUUCUCUUCUCGGGAUUAAGAAAGGUGCUCCAUUUUCUCUUUUCCUUACCCAAAUGCAUUUCUCUAGAGUUGCCUCUGCAUGCCGAAAGAACGAAAAUGAGUUAUCCCGGUUAAAUGGUGUCAUGAAAACCGAAUACCGCAUUGCACUAAGGUCUUCGAUUCGAAGUGAUUUUGCUGAAGGGGUUAGGGCAGUAUUGGUGGACAAGGAUCAGAACCCCAAGUGGAAUCCAUCAAGCUUAGAGGAAGUUAAAACAAGUGAAGUGGAAGCUCUAUUUAAACCGCUAGACUCAGCGGUAGACGAACUCGGUGUUUGAAUUCGUCUCGAAAUAAUAUUAGCACUGUAAGUUCCAAGCGCUCGAAUUAGCCUUAUGUCGUAAAAUAUUUCCGUUCACAUAUAAUGCAACUAUUUCAUGCAUAAUUCGAGUGUUUGUAAUCAAUCUAAUCAAUAAUUAGUACAUACCUUGUUUGCAUUU